UGCUUUUUUUUUUUUUUUUUUUUUAAAUGCGGUCAACCGGACGAGAAGAAAGGAAGGCGCAAUUAUAGCCCACCACCUGUUCGAGGAAAUGACACAAUGGAAUUCGCUUAAUCUGACGUCAUUUUUCGAGGUUUCAUUUUCAUCAGAUCAUCUGAUUCGCGACGAGAGAACAUCUUUCUGGGGGGGAGUGAUCGAAAAAUUGGUCGGAAAUGGGGUCGAAUAACAGGGCGCAAACUAUGGAAAUUGAAAGGGAUAAUUUGGAUGAAAUGACGGAGCAAUGCGACGAUUUGAAGAGGGUACCGCCGUGGAAUAAGCAGAUUACGGUUCGAGGGAUCGUGGCGAGUUUAUUCAUUGGGAUAAUUUACAGUGUGGUUGUGAUGAAGCUCAAUCUUACAACAGGGCUUGUCCCAAACCUCAAUGUAUCAGCUGCUCUUCUUGCAUUUGUGUUUGUAAGAGCGUGGACGAAGCUUCUCGAGAAGGCCAAUUUCACCGCAACUCCGUUUACACGACAGGAGAAUACGAUUAUUCAGACAUGUGCAGUCUCUUGCUACAGCAUUGCUCUUGGAGGUGGAUUUGGUUCAUAUCUGUUGGGAUUGAAUAAGAGGACAUAUGAACAAGCAGGGGUUGAUACAGAAGGGAAUCCACCAGGGAGUUAUAAAGAACCAGUGCUCGAUUGGAUGAUUGGAUUUCUUUUCGUUGUUAGCUUUGUUGGCUUGUUGUGUUUGGUUCCUCUUAGAAAGAUCAUGAUCAUAGAUUACAAAUUGUCUUAUCCAAGUGGAACCGCAACUGCUGUUCUCAUCAACGGAUUCCACAGCGCUAAAGGGGACAAAAUGACCAAGAAACAGGUCCAUGGAUUCACAAAGUUUUUUUCACUAAGUUUCAUAUGGAGUUUCUUCCAAUGGUUCUUUGCUGGUGGAGAUCAAUGUGGAUUUGUCUUUUUCCCCACAUUCGGAUUAAAAGCUUUCAAACAAUCAUUUUACUUCGAUUUCAGUAUGACUUACGUGGGAGCAGGAAUGAUCUGCUCCCACCUUGUGAACUUGUCUUUGCUUCUCGGAGCAGUCCUCUCUUGGGGCAUAAUGUGGCCAUUAAUAGGUAAAAAGAAGGGAGAUUGGUUCCCUCAAAACAUCAAAGAAACGAGCAUGGAGAGUUUAAACGGUUACAGAAUUUUUAUUUCAAUAGCCCUUAUUCUAGGCGACGGUCUCUACAAUUUUUGCAAGACCCUAUGGUUUACCUUCCGAAGCAUGCAUUCUGCAUUCAAGAAGAAGAAUCUCCAAACAGCUCCAGAAAGCAAGAACCAGACCCUAGAAGCACGAAGAAACGAAGUAUUCAUAAGAGACACAAUCCCUUUUUGGCUAGCUCUCGUGGGCUACAUUCUGUUCUCAAUAAUCUCGAUAAUCGUGAUCCCAAUUAUGUUCCCUCCGCUAAAAUGGUACUACGUCUUAGUUGCAUACAUCUUCGCACCCUCUUUAUGCUUCUGCAACGCUUAUGGAGCUGGACUAACCGACAUGAACAUGGCAUACAACUAUGGUAAAGUAGCUCUCUUUGUGCUGGCUUCAAUGGUGGGCAAAGAAAACGGUGUAGUAGCUGGAUUAAUCGGGUGCGGUCUAAUAAAAUCUAUGGCAUCAAUUUCUUCCGAUUUGAUGCACGAUUUCAAAACCGGCCACCUAACCCUAACCUCACCACGGUCAAUGCUGGUCAGCCAGGUCAUCGGAACUGCCAUUGGCUGUGUUGUGGCUCCUCUAACCUUCUUCCUCUUCUACAAAACCUUCGAUGUGGGAAACCCUAAUGGAGAGUACAAAGCACCUUACGCGCUCAUAUACAGAAACAUGGCAAUUCUUGGAGUGGAAGGUUUUUCAGCUCUUCCUCAUCACUGCUUGCAUUUGUGUUACGGGUUUUUCGGGUUUGCUGUGCUGGCGAAUUUGCUGAGGGAUGUGGGGCCAGGGAAGUCGGGGAAGUGGGUCCCGUUGCCUAUGGCUAUGGCGGUGCCUUUCUUAGUGGGGGCUUAUUUUGCUAUAGAUAUGUGUGUGGGGAGUUUGGUUGUGUAUGUGUGGCACAGGAUUGAUAAGGUGAGAGCUCCUAUGAUGGUUCCGGCGGUUGCUUCGGGUUUGAUUUGUGGUGAUGGGCUUUGGAUUUUGCCUUCUUGCAUUCUUGCGUUGUUCAAGAUCAGCCCUCCGAUCUGCAUGAACUUCUUGCCUUCGAAAAGUAGCUGAGGAUUAGAACAAAAACUUGUUUGUAGUUGCAAGAUGACAGUAUCUGACAUUUUAUUAGAUGUUAGAGUAGAACAUGGUUGACUUGUGUAACAAUAAGAAUGCAGUUUUAGUGUAAUAAUGUGCCAAACAUAGUGCAAGUUUUGACUUGUAGAACAGAAAGAAAAGAAAAAAAAAAUACUUACAAUGAU